AUAUAAUAGGUUCGUUACAUAAAGCUUCCAUCAUUGAUUGCAUACACCAAAAAAAGGAGCUGAACAGAAACAUAAAAGCAACUUUUUAUUUGCAGAUUUCUCAGAAUGCCUUUCAGAAAGCCUCAUCAGACAGCAGACCCUACUGAGUCUAAUAAAUGGAAUGAUGCCAAAACUGAGUGCAUGAUACAGCCAAAAGGACUCAACAUUAUAUGGGGAAAUGAUCCUCGUUACUGGAAAAUAACAAAUGACUGUGCAGAACUGAUACAAGUUUCAUGGUUGGAGGUAUCUGGUAAAGUAAAAGUAGAGAAAGGGAAUACAUACAUAGUGAAAUUUAUGGUGGAAGUUAAGCAAGAUGGUUUCGGUUGGGGAAGCACAGAUGUACUUGUGAUGGCUAAAGUUGGGAAAAAGGGAUUAUAUAAAUAUGAGGCAGUGAAACUAGAUUGUGGUAAAAAAAAAGACCCCAUUCCAGAAGUUAAGGAUAAGCUUGAAAUUGAGGUGAAAAGUGAUGAAACAGAUCUUGAACUUCAUUUUGGAUUGUAUGAAGUUUGGAGUGGAAAAUGGAAAGGAGGUUUGAAAAUCUACAAUGCAGAAGUUGUUAAGAAGUCUUAAAACUUUGGUCUUCUCGGAUUAGUCGAUUCUUGAAUCGGAUAUCGAGUUUAAAAAAAAAAACAGAGAAGUCUUAAAACUUUUAAGAGGUCAUGAUGUUAUAUUGUUGCUUGUUCAGUUUUUAUUGAGAAUAACAGAUAGCAUGCUCAUCUGGAUAUAUGCUAAUUAAGACUAUAUAUAUGAUUGAGUCUCUCUGAAAAGGGAACAUGGAUAAAAAAAAAUGCGAUUAAUGACAUUAUUACUAUCAUAAUAUUUGUAAUAAGUUAAAGGUUUGGUGUUGUAUAUUUAUUGAGUAAAUAAAAGUAUUGUGUUGUAAUAAAAA